AUGGCUCGGACAAAGGUAAAGACAGGGGAUCAGCCUCGGUUGAACGACCGAGAGACCACGGCUCUGCGGUCCCAUGUUGAUGAAUGGGAGAAGGCCAGUGGGACGGAGCGAAGAUUGAUUUUUAAGGCGGCCGCCAGAGAGGCCAAACUCUUGGCUCCGACAAUGGACAAGGAGCUCUUGAAGCGUCGGAAACAGACAUACAGGCAGUGGUUCCACAAUCACAAGGCGCACAAGGCCGAUGCCAAACCACCGAUGAAGUUCCAGAAGAAAUGGACAGCGCGCAGAGUCAUCGAACAGCAGAGAAAGGCCGACAUCCUUCAGCAAAUACGGGAUGAAGUUGAGGAGGAGACCGGGGAGAAGCCGGACCAGAAGGAAGUCCUGAGGAGGUAUCAACCGAUGAUGACCGCAAUCAUGAAAGGUCUGAAUGAGAAGGAGUUGGAGGAAGCGCAGGAGAAGGCCGACCAAUGGACAAAUGAAGCGCCCGACGCCGCUGUCCAGGCCAAGACAGCUCAGAAAAAGGGAGAGAAAUUGAUCAAGAACUUCGCCAAGAGAUGUUCACUCAGGCCGGACCAGAAGGGCGGCCUCCUGACAUCUGGAUUCGACUUUAAUGAACAGCUCGGCAAGGGCUCCAGCUUCAUGAAAUACAAGGACUGGCAGGUCAUCCUACCGGCAUGGGAGGAUUUCAUUGGUGAGGUAUUUGACCAGGACCAAGAUCAGGACGGCAUUGUGCUGGGAGCCACUCGCCGGGGACCCAAACCAUACCAUGAAACGAAGAAGGGAAUGAUUCGGUCUUUCCUAACCAUCCAUUACAGAAGAUGCUGUGGAAAGCCGAAGGUCCCGGUACCUUGGACCGACAUCAUGAAGGGACAAUCAAGGUUCAUUUCCAGCUUAUACCUGCCGGACGACAUUCAGAUUCAGGAGCCAUCCAAACUGCAGCGGAAGGAAGCCGACUCCUUGUUGGACUAUUGGUAUGACCGACAGGAGAGCCAGGUCGGCGUCUCAUUCCAGUUCAAGGCCUGGAUGGAUGACAAGGGCAAGAUGCACUCACCUGUCAUUCCCGACUCAGAUGACUCUGACGGUAAUGCCGACGAUGAAAGUGCGCGCCCCCAGCCAACCAGAAGGUCAUCGGCCGCAGUUGCAAACUCCCCACCUGGACAAGUUGGAGCUCGGCGGUCCCGACUUGUCAAAGAUCGGCCGAGGUCCACCAGACAAGCGCACAUCAGUUCCUCCGAGGACCAAUCCCCCGCCGAUAACAUAUUUCAUACCCCGCCGACCAAGAAGAAGAAUCCAUCCAAGCAUGCUACCCGUAUUAGUGACCAAGAUGGUAACCAGUCCGAGUUCGAUCACCGACGACCGGCCAAGAGCUUGAGGAAGACUGCAAGAGUUGAGCUAACCGCCAAGUCAACUAGGCCGGACUUGGCCCCUGCUUCCCGACCGAUCGGGCACUCAGCAGGGUCAAUCUCACGUCCCGGCAAACCAUCUGCCGCAGCCAAGACCAGCCAGCCGGCUGCACAGAUCGCCGAGGGUUCAGAGGAUGAAACUCCCAACGGUAUUGCAACCAAGGCCAGCCACCAUGCUCGCGGCUUCGGCCCACAUUCAGCUCGUCGGGGUCUUGAACAUCUUCGCACACCCACAGCAGAGCGGGACCAGGUGCCAAAGAAAACCAAAGCUGUCAGAGCUGCAUCACCGACCGAGGAAGACCGAUCGCCGAAGAAGACCAGAGUCACCCGGUCGGCAGCGAAGUCGGUGGAUGAUGCACCGGCGCAGCGCACCAGGAGUAAGGCUGACACCUCGCUUGGUCCCAGAGCCAGGCAAAAGCCACAGAGGUACAUCCAGUAG